AUGCGCAUCGGUUCAGCCAUUCUCGCGUCCUUUGCUAUCUCGGGAGUCUUCGGGUCUCCUGCCACUACCAAAACUGGAAAAUUCAUUGUGAAAUUGAGAGAUGGGGCUUCGUCUAAUACUCUUCUCGAGUCAAGUGGAGGGGAUGUAACUCAUAGAUGGGGAACCGGCUUCCAGGGAUUUGCAGGUACUUUCUCUGAGAAGGCAUUAAGCGUGUUACGCUCUUCGCCAGAUGUGGAAUCCAUUUCAGAGGAUGGUAUCAUGCAGGCAUUCGCCGUGCAGACCGAUGCGCCAUGGGGGUUAGCUCGACUCAGCUCUACAGGUCGUCUUGUGAACACCAAUGCCUCGGCUUUGACUUUCUCUUACACGUACGAUUCCGUUGGUGGUGCAGGCGUUGACGUGUACGUCGUUGAUACUGGCAUCUAUACUGAACACACUGAAUUUGAAGGACGUGCGCAUUGGGGUGCAACAUUUGGUGGAUAUGCGUCCGUCGAUGGCAAUGGCCAUGGUACUCACUGUGCAGGGGUUGUUGCGGGCCAUCGAUUCGGAGUUGCCAAGGCUGCGAGCGUUGUGGCAGUAAAGGUCCUCAGUGAUGCUGGGUCUGCGACAGUCUCGGACAUCAUCUCGGGCUUGAACUUUAUCAUUGCCUCCGCACGUGCUUCUGGCCGUCCAUCAGUUGUCUUGAUGGCUCUUGGGGGUUCUGCCUCGACUGCCAUGGACAACGCUGUUACUGCCGUAACCACAGCUGGUAUCCAUGUGGUCGUUGCUGCGGGAAACUCCAAUACUGAUGCUGCAAAUACGUCUCCCGCUCGAGUGCCAUCUGUCAUCACCGUCGGAGCGAUCACCAUCAGCGACGCGCGCUCCUCGGCUUCAAACUAUGGUUCCGUCGUCGACGUCUAUGCCCCUGGUCAAAAUAUCAUCAGCGCGUGGAUUGGUAGCCCUACUGCGACGAACAUCAUCUCUGGCACUUCGCCGGUAGCGUCUAUAUCUCUUCCUGGCGUUGUAUUCGCUCUCAUUUCCCUGCAGGCGGCUUCUUUUGUUGCCGGCCUCGUCGCCUACCUCAUUAGUGUCCAUGGUAAUUUAUCUCCCGCUGCGAUGAAAGCGCUCGUGAAAUCAUUGAGCUUGAAUGGUGUCCUUACCGGCAUACCUGCUGGUACCGCCAAUAAUUUGGCUCACAAUGCAUAA